AUGCCCGUCGACUACAGCAAAUGGGACGCCCUCGAGCUCAGCGACGACUCGGACAUCGAAGUGCACCCCAACGUCGACAAGCGUUCCUUCAUUCGGGCCAAGCAGAACCAAAUCCACCAGCAGCGUCAGGAGCGGAAGCACCGCAUCACCACGCUCAAAUACGAACAGGUUGUCAAUGACGGUUUACUGGCACGCAUUGAUGCGCUGUUGAAGAGCCUCGAUGAGCACCAGAAGGAUGUAGAGGGCAAGCAGGAGGCGGGCGAUAUUGAUGAAGUGGUCUUUGACGCUUUGACGGAUGUCAAUAGCGAUGGCAGUUUGGGGUCCGACCACCCGCCUAUGCCGCCUGAAGGGGUGCAUACUCAAGAAGAGAGGCCGAGUUAUAGUAAGAUGAUGGGAGCGCUGAUUGAUCAGGUGAAGACGGAGGUGGAUAAAGACAUAUCAGCUGCUGGGCCCACUCGAUAUGCAGCAUAUGUCAAAGAAGUAGGAGGACAUAAGACCAAAGUGCAGGGCUUGCAGAGGGAUCUAAAAGUGGAACUCGCCAAGUUGGAGAAGGAGGAGGGCAGCAAGAUCACGUCGGAGUCAAUACAAACGGGCUUCAACAGCUCGCACGUCGCCAAGGCUGUCCCAGUCACUGCUUCUUCGACCGCAAAGAAAUCGCAGCCGGAGCUACUCAAUCCCUCCCGUCCGGGUCAGAUGCAAGGUGCGGAAACAACCGGCUCAGAAGCGGACAUUGAAGACGCGGCUCUCGACCCUGCUCCUGGCGAGGACUUUGAUCCCGACAUGGAAGCCUCGCCUCUGGCCAAGAAGUUUGGCAAGAUCAAAUUCGGUGACUACCGGGCCUCUCUUGACUUCCUCGGCUCCAACCCCCAGGUCCUCGCUGAGAAAGAGACUGAUGGUCUACUGGUCGAAGCUUUCAACGCUCAGUCAAGCGCGAAGAACAGGAAAGAUGAGGAGUAUGCUCGGCAAUGUGUGCAUCAAGCGUUGUUGUUGCAGUACUGUCGUCAGCUCGGCCGGGAUGGAGUUGGACUGUUCUUCAAGCGGAUCCAGACGCAGAACCAUCAAGCACGGAAACUCUUCCUGGAUGAUGUGAACACCACAUAUGCUCGGAUCAAAGAGCGAACUGCGGAGCUGGCCAAGAUCAAGGACGAUGAGGGCGAGAAAGAGCAGAUCCAACUACAUGCCGUCGAUCCGGGGACUAGCAUCAACAUUGUCACCCCACCGCCACUCGAUCAGUGCCAGACAGACGAUGAGAGGGCGUCGAGACAGAUCUUUGACACCUUCCCGCCGGGCCUGCAGCGUGCGUUGCAAUCUGGCUCGCUGGACAAGGUGAAUGAAGUAUUGGGGAAGAUGUCGGUGGACGAAGCGGAGCAAGUGGUGGAGCAGCUCGGGAAUGGAGGCAUGCUGAGCUUAGAGCAAGGGGUCAUUGAUGCUACUACCGACGAGGGAAAGAAGCAAAUGGAGGAGAUUGAGCGGACGCGCAAGAUGCCUGGGCAGUCGAAUGUGGAGACUGUGCAAGAGGUCGAGGAGAUGGAUUAA